GAAUUUAAAUUGAGAAAUUUGAAGUAUAGGUUUUGACUUUUGAUCAUUUUUAAAAAUGAUUAUUGUCAGAAAUUUAAUUUUUCUAUUAUCUUUAAAGUUUAAUUCAUAAAUGUUAGAACUUACCAUUAAUAGUACAAUAGAUAUUUAUAUAAUUGAAAAUGAGUUAUACACUAAAGCUUUAAGCUAUAACUCAAUAUUAUUUAUAUAGUAUAUUUAUUUUUGGCAUAUAAAUACAUAACAUUUUAUAUCGUAUUAAAACAAAUUAUAAAAUGACAGUCCCAAACGUAGCAGUUCGAGGUUCAACAGGGUUAGCACUCUAUCAAGGUAUUGCACCAUUUAAUCUUGUUCCGAAUUUCCCAUCUGACUCAUCUCCUGCUUGUAAGUUUAUGAUAUUUAGUCCAAAUGGAAAACAUUUUGCAUGGAUUAACGGUUCCAAAGUUAUACUUACAAAAACUUCCGACUGGAAAGUUAUCAGUGAAGUGGUUUAUCCUAAAGCAACACAGUUGGUUUACAGCAGUAAAGGAACCUAUCUGGUUAUUUAUGAACCCUUUAUGACAACACCUAGCAACCCAAAAGGAAGUCCUAAUGUACAUAUUUUAAGGACUGUUAAUGGUGAAUUAGUUAAAAGUUUUGAAUACAGAGACUCUAAACUUUGGGCUCCACAGUGGUCUUCUGAUGAGAAAGUUUGUGCUCGAUUUCUGAAUGGUGAAGUGUUAUUCUAUGAAAAUUCUAAUUUUGAAAAUGUAGUACAUAGAAUAAAAGGAUUAAAGCUAAAUAACUAUUCAAUUUCUCCAGCCAAUCAACAAAUUAGUAUUCUUUGCUUUUUGCCAGCAAAAGCAGGUCCUUCAAAUGGUCGUCUAUUUCAUUAUCCAGAUUUCAAUAGCAUUAUUGCUAAUAAAAGCUUUUUCCAAGCCGAUAGAGUAGAAAUGUUUUGGAAUCAAAAAGGUUCAGCUGCGCUGAUGUUAACAAGUACUGAUGUUGAUAAAACGGGUCAAUCUUAUUAUGGUAAACAAGGUCUUCACUUAAUUACUACAAAAGGAGAUACCUCUCAAGUUAUAGUUGAUAGAGAAGGACCUUUGUAUACCGCUUCAUGGAGCCCUUCGUCAAAUGAAUUUUGUGUUGUAUAUGGUUUUAUGCCAUCAAAAGCUACAUUAUAUAACUUGAAAUGUGAUGUCGUUAUGGAAUUUGGAACUGGGACAUUUAAUGCUAUUUAUUAUAACCAAUUUGGAAAUAUUCUUCUUUUGGCUGGCUUUGGUAACGUCCAAGGAAAUGCAGAACUGUGGGAUGUUAAUGGCAAAAAGAAAAUUAAAAAGAUAGACAUACCCGACACAACAUUUCUUCAGUGGUCUCCAGAUGGACAACAUUUUAUUACUGCUACAACAGCUCCACGUCUUAAAGUAGGCAAUACGUUCAAAGUAUGGCACUCCAGUGGUGCUUUAUUACAUGAAAAACCUUGGGGCAAAGACGAACUGUUUCAAGUUAGUUGGCAAAGCUAUCCACAAGGAACAUUCAAAACCCCAACUGUAGUAUAUAAAGCUGUUGAAGGAAUUGCUCCAAGUCAACCAACUGCAUCCAAACAAGUUUAUCGCCCACCACAUGCUAGAAAUUCAGAUUUUAAACCAACUUCAUUACACGAAGACCCGAUUGAUACUAAAAAUCAGUCAAAAGCAUACUUAAAAAUGAAAAAGAAGCGUGAAGCCAAACGUCAAGCAAAACAACAGCAAGAAACAAAUGGCACAAAUAUUGUUGAACAAAGUAUCGUCAAUAAUUCUGAACCAUCUGCAGAUGAUGAAAAAAAAUCAAGAUUGAAAAAAGUACAAUCGGAUUUAAAAGGAAUUAACCGUAUUAAAACUUUACAAGCUUCUGGAAAAGAAUUAGACCAUAAUCAAAUGUCUAGACUGAAUUUGGAGAAUGAUUUAUUAAAAGAACUUAAACAAUUACAGUUGUAAUAAGUACAUUAAUUUACAAUAAUUGAUAAUAAAUGUUUACAAAGGUAA